CUCUCACAGCUCUGCGGUACUCACAGCUUUAGACAUGUCUGCGAUUCCUCUGAACAGGAUCCUGCCUCUAGGGUUCCUAUUUCACCUGCUGCUUUUCUCCUUCAUUUCUCUGUCCAGCUGCAUGGAGUUCGUUGAAGAUCCUAACAAUCAGGGCAGAAUCAGCCUGCAGCAGAGGCUGGGGAAUCAGUGGGCAGUGGGUCACUUCAUGGGUAAGAAGAGCCUACAGGACACAGACUUUGAAGAGAUGGAAAGUUUUGCUAAACGUAACGUUGAGAACAUGAGAGCUGCCCUCCUGCAGGAGCAGAACAGAGCAGGAUCAGAAAGAGAGCUGCGGCAUGCACAGUUGGUAGUAAGGAAGAUCUUGGAGCAGUAUCUGAAGAAUAUGCAGAAUUAGCAAAGAAAUGUGUCUUCCUGUACAUACAGAAAUAUAUUUGUGCCUGAGACAUGGGACUUAUUUUAAACAUUCCAAAGUUUAUUGUUUACAAAAAAAAAAAAAACUGAAGUCUAAAGACAAUGAGAAUUUUUCAUUUAUAAUUUUAAUUUAAGAUCCAUUUUCUAAAUUUAAAGUAAAAAAAAAACAACAACUCCUCUUCAGAGAUAUGUACGGAAUAUUUUUUCUGCCAUUUUAUGCAGUGUUCUAACUAAAACCUGUGAAUAAAAGUCAUUCUUUGCACACAA